ACCUGUACUAUUUUUAUUACGUCCCUUUACCUGAGGUGUCCUCGUUCUUAAAUACAAUUUUUUUUUUUCACCUGGAUUAUUUCAAACUACCUGUUCGCCAUCAUGGCUGCUGUUGUCCUGAGACUAACCUACUUUUUAUUAACAAUAACUUUUGUGUGUGGUCUGGAAUGUUAUGUCUGUGUCAACCAGGCAACCAACAAGGAUAAGUGUAUCAAGACAACGAUCCAAUGUCAAGAGAAUUAUGACAGCUGCAUGUCAAUUUAUGGAGAAAAACAGGCAAUGUUCUGGACACCACGCCUUCGAAGAAUUCACCAUAUUUCUAAAUCAUGCAGUAAAUCAGAAGACUGUAACCGUCAGAGGCGUAUGCUAAACCUGAAUCUAACCUGUCAGCGAGAUUGGUACCGAGACUGGUUAUGUGUCGAGUGUUGCCAAGGAGAGAAAUGUAACUACUAUGUCACACUUGGUGCAGCAUUUCAACAACCUUGCACAAUUUUGCUGUUACUGUGCAUCAUACUUAGCGCUGUCAUAUUGCAACAGCAGUUCAGAUGAUUCUUGAAGUGUGAUGAGGAAUUUCUCUGAAAUGAAAUGACUAGAAAAAAAGAAAAAGAAAAAAAAAAUCGUAUCAAAAUGGCAAGAAAAAAAUGAACACUGGAAGGAAAAUACAUCUUCUACUCUGUGUAUUUGAAUGCAUGUGUGUGUUUCAGUGUGUGCAUGUGUGUGGUGCUAUGAAUUUGCAUGUAUAUAACUAUGCCUAUGUUUCUGUGUGUAAGUUUAUGUAUGUGUGUGUUUAAAUGUAUAUAUCAUUUAAAUUGAAGUUAAUGUUGAUGAUAUACUCCAUGUACACACAUACACGUAUAUAUAAACAUACACGCACACACACGUAUAUAUAUAUAUAUAUAUAUAUAUAUACAUACAUACAUACACACAAACAUUUUAUUGUAUUGUUUUAUAGUAUCAUUUAUUAUUCCCAAAUGAAAACGCAACAAAUGUUUAAUUUCAAUAAUAUAUACAAUGUUUUUAUUUUAUAACUACCUAUAUAGGUUUGUGUGUGUGUAUAUAUAUAUAUAUAUACAUGUACUUAUGAAUAUAUAUUAGAUAUUUUGAGACGUAUGUAUGUAUAUGUCUGGUUAAUGCGUGCGUACAAAUUUGUGUAGGUAUGUUAAUUUUCUUUGAAUCACUCAUUGUAUGUUUGUAUAUCUCUGUACCUGUACAUAGGUUUUGGUGAAUCAACAGAAAUUACAGUGACUCAAGCGGCCAAGAGUUUCAUGCAUUGGUACUUGUCAGGGACUUAAAGAAACUCACAUGAGUUGAUAAGAGCUAACGGACAAAACUGGUGGUCCUUGAGUCACUCUAACUUCUGCCAAUUUUUAAUAGAAUAUGUGUAUAUUUGAAUUUGUGUGAGCAUGAAAAUGUGUGUGUGUGUGUGUGUGUGUGUGUGUGCAUAUGCAUGUGUAUGUUUGUAUGUGUAUAUAUAUAUAUAUAUAUAUAUAUAUAUAUAUUCACAUACAGACACACAUGGCUACCUCUGAUGAGCGUAGGGUUACUUAGAAUGUUACCUAACAUUCCAUUGAACCCCCUAGUGCAAAACCGAUUGGUAAGAUCAGCCGUAAUGGACAUAUAAUACUCUACACUUGAUAUAUAUAUAUAUAUAUAUAUAUAAUGUAA